AAAUGACAAAAAUCCCUCCCAUAUAAAACAGGCAGCCAGCUCCUUGCAAACAUUUCAAAAGCUCUCAUUCCCCUCUUCCUCGUAAAAUUCUCCCCUGGCUAGCCACCACCAACUAAAACUUAUAUAGGAUUAAGGUUUCAUCAGCAACAAGACUGACUGACCAAUUCUUGAACAACCCUAAUUUUUGAUUUUGUCUUUUCCGGACCAAAUCUUUCAGAAAACAAACCGGAAAAUGGUAGGAGGAAACAGCUCAGAUCUCCCACCUGGCUUCAGGUUUCACCCCACAGAUGAGGAACUAAUCACGUACUAUCUCCGAAACCAGGCUAAAUCCCGGCCGUGCCCCGUCUCCAUCAUCCCGGAAGUCGACAUCUACAAAUUCGAUCCCUGGGAAUUGCCUGAAAAAGCAGAAUUCGGGGAAAAUGAGUGGUAUUUUUUCAGCCCUCGAGACAGGAAAUACCCAAAUGGAGUGCGGCCGAAUAGAGCAGCUGUUUCAGGGUAUUGGAAAGCAACAGGCACAGAUAAAGCCAUCUAUAGUGGAUCAAAGUUUGUGGGUGUGAAAAAAGCACUUGUAUUUUACAAGGGGAAGCCGCCAAAGGGUGUCAAGUCUGAUUGGAUCAUGCAUGAAUAUCGACUCACUGACUCAAUCUCCAAUCCCAACAAGCAAAAUGGCUCCAUGAGGUUGGAUGAUUGGGUGCUGUGUAGAAUCUACAAGAAAAAGAAUCAAGCAAAAACUCCUGAGCACAGACUUAAUCAUCAUGAGGAAUCAUUCGCCCACAUCCUGCCCACUGCUGCUGUUGAUCCACAACCAUACAAAUUCCCAAGGACUUGUUCUCUAACUCAUCUCUGGGAGUUUGAUUACAUGGCCUCAAUCUCCCAACUUCUCCACGACGACAACAAUUAUGCCUCCUACAAUUUAAGCUUCAGCAGUCAAUCAGAAACAGUAACCAAUCACAGCGACGCCGCCGACGGCACCCAGAAAUCAUAUCAUCAGCCACUGCCAGGCCAAGUGCAGUUGCCAUACGUCGAUGUGCCAGUCAAGUUUCAAGUGAACCAGCCAAUUUUUGUGAAUCCACUGUAUCAACACCAGUGAAACUAAAUUUAGGGAUGGGGAAGAAAUGAAGGCAGGGAAGUGUACAAAACAACUGCUGUCGAGAAACUUAUCAAUCUCGAUCGGUACACAACAGAACAAAUAUCUUACAAGCCUUAUCAGAUUGUGCUUGUAGGAAAAUUAAUUUAUAAAAUGUUAUAGUGUUAAUUAGGAGUGUCUGAUGAUUAGGUCAUAGAUUUUCCUACAAUUCGCUUGUCGAUUUAUCAUGUCUCGUUUUGAAAUGAUGUAAAAGAUUCCUAUUUGUGCCAAAUAAAUUCUUAGACACGUUGACGCUUUUAA